GGAGGGGGCGUGGCCGCGGCUGUGGCCCGGCCGGAGGCGGCGUCGCUCGCGCCGCUGCGUGCGGUGUGGUGCGGGCGGGGGCGUCGGGCAGCCGCGGCGCGGCCGGACCAUGGAGCUCCGAGCGCAGCCCCGGCGCCGGCGGCGAGACCGCGGACCGUUUUAAUUUUGAUUGCUGUUACUACUGAUACUAAGCUACAGCGGCGAUGCUGCCUGAGGGAAACCUCUGCAACUGAUAAGACAGCGCCUAGACGCAGGGGCAGCAGCAGUCCUAACUUUCCACUGCCUUACCACUCACUGUGCUGCAGCACCCAGUCAUAGGAGAUUGUGAGCCAGCCAUGCCUUUGGUGAAGAGGAAUAUAGAACCCCGGCACUUGUGCCGGGGCGCUCUGCCCGAAGGGAUCAGCAGCGAGCUGGAGUGUGUGACCAAUGGGACUCUUUCUGCCAUCAUUCGCCAGCUCAGCAGUCUCAGCAAACACGCUGAAGACAUAUUUGGAGAGUUGUUUAACGAGGCUAACAACUUCUACAUCAGAGCAAAUUCUCUUCAAGACAGAAUCGACCGCCUUGCUGUCAAAGUCACCCAGCUGGAUUCCACCGUGGAAGAGGUGUCACUGCAGGAUAUCAACAUGAAAAAAGCUUUCAAAAGUUCUACCAUCCAAGACCAGCAGGUGGUUUCAAAGAACAGCAUUCCUAAUCCAGUUGCUGACAUUUACAACCAGAGUGAUAAACCACCGCCUCUGAGCAUCCUGACCCCAUACAGAGAUGAUAAGAAGGAUGGGCUGAAGUUCUAUACUGAUCCUUCCUAUUUCUUUGACCUCUGGAAAGAAAAAAUGCUACAGGACACAGAAGACAAAAGAAAAGAGAAGCGACGUCAAAAGGAGCAAAAGCGUAUAGAUGGCGUCACCCGUGAGGUGAAAAAGGUUAGAAAAGCCAGAAACAGGCGCCAGGAGUGGAAUAUGAUGGCCUAUGACAAAGAGUUUAGACCCGACAACAGGUUGUCGCAGAGUGUGCACCAUGGAGCAUCUUCCGAGGGAUCCCUGUCCCCAGACACUAGGUCCCAUGCUUCAGAUGUCACAGAUUACUCUUACCCGGCUACCCCCAACCACUCUCUACACCCCCAGCCGGUGACUCCCUCCUAUACUGCUGGCGAUGUGCCACCGCAUGGGGCUGCAAACCAGGCCCCUGAGCAUGAGUACCGGCCCCCAUCUGCAUCGGCGAGGCACAUGACCUUAAAUAGACCUCAGCAGCCACCACCGCCGCCGCCUCCCCAAGCCCCAGAAGGGUCUCAGGCCUCUGCACCGGUGGCCCCAGCAGAUUAUGGGAUGCUUCCAGCACAGAUAAUUGAGUAUUACAGCGCUUCAGGACCACCACCUCCUCCGCCUCCACCCAUGAUUCCUUCAGCACAAACUGCCUUCGUCAGCCCUCUCCAGAUCCCCUCGCAGCCCCCCUUUCCUGCAUCACCCGGCUCCGCCUACUCCGCUCCCCCUCACCCACCCUCCACUGGGCUCCUGGUCACAGCACCGCCUCCCCCAGGCCCGCCGCCUCCCCCGCCAGGCCCUCCUGGCCCUGGCUCUUCUCUUUCCUCUUCCCCGAUGCACGGACCCCCUGUGGCCGAGACAAAACGUCCAGAGCCUGCACAGCCACCCAUAAGUGAUGCUCGAAGUGACCUCCUUGCUGCCAUUCGAAUGGGGAUCCAGCUGAAGAAGGUGCAGGAGCAGCGUGAGCAGGAGGCCCGGCGGGAGCCCGUGGGGAAUGACGUGGCCACCAUCCUGUCCAGGCGCAUCGCUGUGGAGUACAGCGACUCCGAUGACGACUCGGAGUUCGAUGAGAACGACUGGUCUGACUGAGAUGGGGGCAGGUGGCAGGGACCGCGGGGACACUGUGUGGGCGUGGGCUGGGGACCCAGAUAGAGGUCUUAUAAUCCUUAGCUUAGCACCUUUUGUAUGAAUAACGUGGUAUCGCUUCUGCACAUCCAACAACUCUGGGUUUUUCAGUACUUACUGUGUAAUACUUAAGUGCCACUCCACAUAGCACAUCGUGCCGCACACGGGGAGAUACGCCGUAAGUGUUGCAUCGUCCUGGAAACAGCACCUCGCUUCCCUCUUUGCCGUGAAGUAUUUACUUUACUCUUAGCAGCCAUUGCGGUUCUGUAGCCUUGCUGUGUAUUUGUGAAGCUGCCUGGUUAGGUCUCUGCAAGACUGUCAGAGUGACUUUUUCUGACCAGUAAGUGAUACUAUUUUACCUUUUGUUUUCCUUUUUUUAUUAUAAUGUGUUUUCAAAAGAAAUUGGCUCUAGAGGGAAGGAUUGAGCAAAUCAGGAGAAUCAAAUGUUCCUGCAUUGAGUUUCUUGCCUUUGGUAGCCUCGGAGUGCGUUUGGAUGCUGGGCUGAGUAAUUUCCUUGCCUUCGCACUCAUCAGAUGUGAAGUUGGAAGGGCCUUUUUCAGGCAGGGUUCCCUGUGGACACUGAGUUCAUUUAGUAAAUGCUUGCUGAUAAUUUUUGUGAGCUUUCAGCAAAUCAGUGGUAAUAUAAAUGAAAACAAGGACCAUAACCCCUCAGGGCCAUCGAGAUGCCACAUACAAUACUGGCCAGCCCCAGCCAGCCAGGACAGGUGCGGGCUCUCCGGGGAUCGCAGCACCCAGCUGGACAGUGCAGCAGGCAGCUCAGGCCAAGGGUGCAGAGGGCCUGCUGCACUUGGUCCAGGUUACACACGUGUAGGUUUAGGAGGAACAUACUGAGAGCUCUGCUUUUCCUGGUGCUGUGGCCAGACCAGGAUCAGCCUUGUGGGCGGGGCCUGCACCCCCUCCUAGAAGCACAUGGCUCUCAUCUGUCGCAUUGUUGGCACCUUACACUUUCAGAAGCACCUCACUGCACGACCCUUUUCAGCCCAUAGCUGAGCACCUUGCGUUCGCCUCUGCUGCUCUGUUCUUGCCGCUCAGUGAUCCUGCAGACUGGUCAGGCAAACCAGGGCUAAAGCAGCACGGGCUAAUUCUGGUCAGGCAAACCAGGGCUAAUUCCGCACUGCAAUUCUGGAUGCAAGGUCACUGCCUCUCAGAGCACGCGUGCUGGCCCCAGCAUUGCCUGUGGGUCAGCUCUGUGGAGUUGUGUGGGUUGCAGGGAGGAUGUCAGCAGGAGAGUAGAGGUCUGGGGAGACUGGCCAGUGCCCCAUGUGUCAUCCGGUGUGUUUCUGCAUGCCACCGGUGGACUCGGGGCACCUGUCAUAAGUGUCCUCCUGUGUGCUGGACUCUUAUGACACUGGAUUUGAGACUGAGAAGCCAGUGUCUGCACUCCUUUCCAAGACCGACUUGGCCCUGUUUGAGUCCUUCUGCACCCCUGCGGCCAGCACCUUGCCCCAGAGUGCUUGCCACUGAGCUGUCCCUGUAAUUCCGCGGACACUGGUCAUUAUUAAUGCCCUUCAGUCUGUCUCUCCCCACUAGGAGGCUGCUGUGCUGGCGUUUUCCCUGGCACGCUGACCGUGUUUAGUCUUACUUUGUCCUCAGUGUAAUGGUUGGCCUUUGUGUUACUUCCGUGUCGAGAGUGCCCCAAAUAAUUCUAGGGCUCACUUGGCAGCAUUCUUUGUUUCGUGUGGCCCUUUGUUCUCAGGAUGAAGGGAACGCAUUAAAGCGACUGUCCACAUCAUGAUUUGUCCUAUUUAUAUCCUAUUACAAUACAGUCAGCGGCACUUUAUCAUAAAUAUUCACGAGCCUGUCAAUUAUUAGUUGUCCUCCUGUAGUUUAAUCAACAAGUUACUUUUAAUUUGAUUUUUUGACUAGUGAGAAAGCUUCUACCCUGUUGUUUUCUAUAACCUUUAAUAGAAUGGAAAAUGACAGAAAUGCAAAUUAAAUUAUUUUUAGAGUAUCUUUUCAGCAAACUUGAUUUAGUAUAAAAUUUUAAAUUCAGAUCUGGUAUGAUGCUGCAUGAACAGAGUAAAAGACUCUGAGUUUUUGGCUAUUGUUUUCAAAAAGUAUUUUCCAAAACAAAUGAAGAAAAUCAUUCGGCACCGUAUUUCAUUCACUUCCGUAAAUUUUAGGUUUAAACCACAAUUGUAAAUCACCCAGUUUUAUUUCUGUGUGUAUUUUAGUUGGCUCUCCUGCAAGCUUUUUCCUCAUGGCAGACGCGGAGGGAUGGAGAGAAGACUGGGUGCCCGCUCGCCGCACGCGCCCGGGGCCGAGCGAAGACACACGAUUGUGCGUUCUUCCCCUCGGCUGUGCGGACCAUCGCUCAUGUCUGUGCUAAGGAUGCUGCUGGGAAAUUCAUGUUCCAUUGCAGUGAAUUCUAAACAGCAUCAACAUCUUUUAUGAGCACCAAGUGUCUAGAUUAUAAAAGUUUUAUAAUAUUUGCCACUGAAAUACAUGAUACAUUUUAAUCCAUUAAAGAUUAGUGAGAAUGUAUCAACCAGAGUAGCAAGUAAUUUUGUUUUAUGGAGCAGAGUAUCUGUCAUCUUGCAGUAUUACCAAUGCUGUUGUAAAUUGAGAGUGGUAUUAAAAAAUUCUGUCAAACAAUUUUUAUCUGUUUGUAUAUCUUACUAUAGAUUAUGUACAAGUAACAUCUAAAUAAAAUUACACUUUUAACCCUAAAA